AUGGCAGCUACGAGAUACGAGAGAGAUAUUCAGCAAAGAUGUGCCGCGGCCACUUGGUUCGUUAAGGCGCAACUCCUUAACGAAGUGCCUGUGGUCGACCCCCAUCACCAACGGAGUCAAUCUGUGAGUUUACCUAUCCGCAAUUCGCUCUAUCACGAUGUACAAAUCGGAAACUUGGGCAGCGUAGUCAAUUGUGAUGGAGGAGCUCGACUGCAUGAAAAUGAAGCUGUUCAGACGAAUGCUUUGCUACUUUUGGCCAAUGGUGCCAUAACGAAGAACUUUACUCAGAAGUGGAUGUGGUGUACCGAGUGA